UGCAGAUAUACUUCUUCAUCCCCAAGAAAAAUAAUCCGGGUGCAGUCAGGACACACAGAAGGAAUUCCUGCUGGAAACUGCAGGACUGAACCGACGAAAGAUGGGAGGCAGAAUCUGGAUCAUAGUGCUGCUGGCAAUCGGGAUUGAAGGGCAAAUCCGGAUCCCUUUGCAGAAAUUCCCAUCUGUCCGAAACCGGUUUGGCCAGUCAGGGCUUCCCAUUGCCGAAGUAUUAAGGCGAGGUGGAUUAAGGACUGGAAAACCACCAGCUACUGCUUCUGUCACCCACCAGCGUCUCCACAACUACAUGGAUGCACAAUACUAUGGGCAAAUCUGUCUUGGAACCCCUAAACAAUGCUUCAACGUUGUCUUUGAUACUGGCUCAUCUAACCUGUGGGUGCCUUCUUCCAAAUGUUGCCUGAUACAUUUGGCAUGCUGGGUACACAAACAUUACCAUUCGCUGUUUUCCUGCACCCACAAGGCCGAUAAAAGCAAAUUUGAAAUUCAUUAUGGAAGCGGUAGCCUUAAGGGAUUCGUAAGCCAGGAUGUUCUCAGGAUUGGCAACGUCACCGUUAAGAACCAGACUUUUGCUGAGGCUACCGAUUUGCCAGGCUUGGUUUUUGUGGCUGCCAAAUUUGACGGUAUCAUGGGACUGGGUUAUCCCUCCAUCUCAGUAAACAACAUCACCCCACCCUUUGAUAACAUGAUGAAGGCGAAACUUCUGAAAAACAAUGUCUUCUCAUUCCAUCUUUGCAACACCAACGAGACCUCACCACAAGAGAAUGGAGGUGAAGUUAUUUUCGGAGGCAUCAACCACAACGCCUAUGUGGGAAAGCUUCAUUACAUCCCAGUGUCUCGCAAAGCCUACUGGCAGAUCAAGAUGGACAAGAUAACCAUAGAGAAACAAACCAAGGAGAAGGCAUGUUGGCCAUGGAACCUGCUUGAAAAAAACAAUUCAUCCACCAUCUGCAAGGACGGUUGCCAAGGCAUUGUGGACACUGGGACCUCUCUCAUUACGGGGCCAAGCGCAGACAUAAAGAUUCUGAACGAAGCUAUUGGUGCUCAACGUGCUUUUGGCGGACAGUACAUAAUAGAUUGCCAGAAAUUAUCUGAGAUGCCCAGUGUCACCUUUCAUCUUGAUGGCAGACCCUACAUCCUGACCCCCAAAGAAUACACUCUUCAGAUGACCCAGGAAAAAGUGACUGCUUGCAUCAGUGGAUUCAUGAUCCUCGACAUCCCCAAACCCUCAGGACCACUCUGGAUCCUGGGAGAUGUUUUCCUCCGACGAUACUACUCAGUCUUUGACCGAGAUCAUGACCGAGUUGGCUUAGCUGUUUCUAAACAGUCUUCAUGUGGUGCUGGUUCUGGUGGAGAAGAUUAAACACCACAGCUGCAAGCAGAAAAUUCCACUGCCCAUAGAGUGGUCAGACAAUAGUAGCUAUCAUUUGUUUCAUGGUAUUAAGAAUUUAAGAAGCUCUGUGAGGAUUUCUUUUCUUACCAGUAUAAGCAUGGGGUCUGCAUUCACCAUACUUCAUGGAAUAAUUCCGUUUAUAAAUACAAGAACAAGUUUCCAGUCAUGAAGAAGGAG